UCUCUGUGAGUUGUCUACCGGAAUAUUCAUUCAUCAUGACAUCAAGAAUAAUUUUACGUCAAAAUAUUUAUUUAAUUGGUGAUGUUGAUACUCAAAUUAUCGGUAAUAAAUUGCCUUCAAAAUUACAAGUGCUAAAAGUUUUUUUCUAUCAUAUACGUAUUCUCGAAUUCAAAUUACGUGAAAGUGCUGAAAUCUGUAUAGAUGAAGUUAAAGUAUUUUGGCAAAAAGCUCAAAUACCAAAUAAAAGAAAAGACCAUUGUAUUGAUCAGCUGUUAAAAUUAUAUGAGCAUUAUCAGCUUUUUCAAAAAAGUGUAAGCAGAGACUCAAAUAAGAUUGAAGAGGAUGAAUUUAAAUCCUCAUUGUUAAUUUGUUCGACAUUGCUCAUGCAAAUGCGGCACUAAUGGUCAAUGAGAAUGUGAUGCAUUUUUUAACUGAACAACGGAAAGAUGGUAGAGUUGGUUACAUAGCUAAUAUUGAGUCUGAUGAUAAUGACCAAGCUCAAAAAAUAAAAGAUGAACUACUACAGCUACGUCGUGAAAAAUCGGAGAGAGAAAAAGUUCUAUACGAUGAAUUUGUGGAAUUCACAUCAAGCAGUGAAGUUGAAGGAGUAAAUCCAUUGAGUCAAAAAACAAUAUCGUCAGUUUCAAAUUUUUCUGACGAACUGGCAACAACUCAGCACUAAGAAUCAACACAAUCUCGUGGGACAAUAAAUAUCGUAGAUGAUAAAGUAGUAGCGGUCUUUGAUCAUUGUAAAAUAAGCGAUCGUAAUGCUGUACGUUUGAUUGUAGCUUUAUGUUCAUCAUUACAAAUUGACGUAAAUCCAUUAAUAGUCAAUAGAUCAUCUAUUCGUCGUAGCAAAGUGAAAAUACGUGAAGAAAAAGUCCAACAAAUCAAAAAACUUUUUAAAACUGAAGACUUGAAUGCUGGGAUGUGUUCUACGCUGGGAUGGAAAAAUUCUAAAAACUUCAAGUGGAAAAAAUAAAGAACGACUACCAGUUGUAUUGAGUUGUCGACAAAUUGAAAAAAUAUUAGCAAUCCCAGUACUAGAUGAUGGUACAGGUCAGUCGCAUGCUGAUGCAAUGUUUGACGCUAUCAAUGAUUGGGGAAUUCCUGACUUUAUUAAAGCUCUUUGCUGUGAUACUACUGCUGCAAAUCUAGGAUCAAAUAAAGGAGCUGCAGUUUCACUUGAACGGUUGCUUGAAAAAAAACUAUUGUAUUUGCCUUACAGGCAUCACAUAUUUGAACUUAUUCUAAGGGAUGUUUUUGAACUUAAAAUACCUACAACUUCAGGUCCUGAUGUACCAUUAUUUAAGAGAUUUCGAGAGAACUGGGUUGAAAUUGAUACAAGUCAAUAUUCUACUGGCGUUGAAGACUCGUAUGUGCAAGACAAAAUACAAAAUCAUAUUGAUAACAUCAAUGACUUUAUCCAAAAGCAACUUGAUUCUAAACAACCAAGGGAAGACUAUAGAGAACUUUUGGAGCUUGUUCAGAUAUUUAUUAGUAAAGUUCCGUGCAGUCAAGUGAAAUUUAGAAAACCGGGUGCAUUUCACCACGCUGGGUGGAUGGCAAAAGCUAUCUAUACUAUAAAAAUAUUUUUAUUUUGUAAACAAUUCAAAAUGACGGUGAAAUUAAUCAGAUCAAUUUCUGAUAUUUGUAUUUUUAUUGCUACAGUGCAUAUCAAAGCAUGGUUCACUUGUCCUCUAGCAUCUGAAGCUCCAAAUAAUGAUUUAUCAUUUUUAAAAGAACUUAUUGAUUAUCAAUCGACAGAUGCUAAAAUAUCUGAAGUGGCAUUGAAGAAAUUUAGCAAGCAUUUGUGGUAUUCAAAUCCAGAAACUGUAGCUAUGGCAUUUUUUGACGAAAGAAUAUCACUAAACAUUAAGAACCAGAUGGUGAUUAUGUUAAAAAGUAUUGACACAAAUUCAGAAAGAACUUUGAAACGUUUCGAAAUUAAAAAUAUUAGAGAUGUAUACGACUGGAACAUUGCUUCAUUCGUGUCAUCAAGAUCACUACAGUUUUUUGAACGAUUUGGAAUAAAUACAGAUUUUUUGAAUUUGAAUCCGUCUGAGUGGUGUCAAAAUGAAAAUUACCAGAAGGGUUUGCUAUUGGUAAGAAGUUUGAAGGUUGUUAAUGAUAUCGCUAAGCGUGCAGUGAAACUUAUUGAAGAGUACCACAAUAUAUAAAGCAAGGAUCCAGAGCAGCAGCAAUUUAUAGUUCAAUUUUUAUCAGAAUAUAAACCAUAUUAUUCUGAUACUCGAAAAUCCGCUAUAGUUGAAAAUACGAAAAUGGAUUAAGGCUCACUAUCCAGAUGGUAAGACUCACUAUCGCCUGUACUUUUAUUUUAUUAUUUUCAAACUCUAAGGAUUAUCAGUUUUAUUGAUUGAAAAAUCACACAUAUUAACCCCAAUUCCAAGAAUAAGAUUGUAUUUGCUUUUUUUGACUGUAAAUGAAAAUU